AGUCCCGCCUCACAUGCGCUCUGAUUGGCCAACUCCAAAAUCCGCGGGAUGUCAUUGGUGGAAAUAAUAGUUCCGUUGUCCAUCCCGGAAGUUUAACCGGAGGUUUAGAGCACAGCGUGUCUCAGGUGGAGGGCAACGUGUUUUGAAGAGAUGGCAGCGUCCAGGAAAAUAGCGACUUUACGUCUGCCUCCUCUUCCAACCAUCAGCGAAAUAAUCAAACUGUAUAACCUGAGAGCUCAGAAGCAGCUGUCACAGAACUUCCUCUUGGACUUGAGACUCACAGAUAAAAUAGUCAGGCAGGCGGGAAACCUGAGGAACGCGUGUGUGUGUGAGGUUGGACCCGGGCCUGGAGGACUCACCAGAUCCAUCCUGAAUGCCGGUGCAGCUGAUCUCCUGGUUGUGGAGAAGGACUCGCGCUUUAUACCUGGAUUACAGCUGUUAUCUGAGGCGGCUCCAGGACGAGUCCGAAUCGUCCACGGUGACGUUCUUGCGUACAGGAUGAGCUCUGCUUUCCCUGCACACCUCACUAAGACAUGGGACGAUGAGCCUCCAGAUCUUCACAUCAUCGGGAAUCUCCCUUUCAGUGUCUCCACUCCACUCAUCAUCAAAUGGUUGGAGGAGAUGGCCAGCAGGAGCGGAGCGUUCGUGUACGGACGCACCAGACUCACGCUGACCUUCCAGAAAGAGGUGGCAGAGAGAUUAACAGCAAGCACUGGAAGCAGACAACGCAGUCGCCUGUCUGUCAUGGCGCAGUACCUGAGCACUGUGAACCACUGCUUCACCAUCCCGGGCCGAGCGUUCCUUCCCAAACCCGACGUGGACGUGGGGGUGGUACACUUUACUCCUCUGGUUCAUCCACACAUCCAGCAGCCCUUUAAGCUCGUGGAGAAGGUGGUCAGGAACGUCUUUCAGUUCCGCAGGAAGCACUGCCACAAAGGACUCGAGAUGUUGUUUCCCGAGGCUCAGAGACUCCGGAUGACCGAGGAGCUUCUGCGGAGCGCCGACGUGGACCCGACCCUCCGUCCGGCCGACAUCUCCAUCAGCCAGUUCAGAGCUUUAUCAGACGCCUACAGCAGGCUGUGCAGAGAAAAUCACACGCUGUUCAGCUACGACUUCAGACAAGAGCUGAGGCAGAAACGCCAAAACCACAGACAGACCAAAAGAGAGACAUAACUCCUGUCGUUUACAUCUUUCCAUUCCUGCAGAAGUGUAGAAGAAACAAUGGCUCUGAGGUAAGAGGGGGGCGUUUUAUUUUAUACACACCUGAAGUGUUAAAACAGUGUUGGAAAACUAAAUAGACUGGAGUUCAUAUUAUAUAAAAAUCUAGAAAUGCUGGAAAUGAAAAAUGUAAUCCUCAGUGCAAUCGCACAAAACCUUCAUGAGCUCUUUUUAUAGUUAUUCAGACCAUUUCUCCUUCUCAGAGCUGCUCAGAAGAGAAUUUAGACUUCCGCUCUGAAUUGCCGUCAUUUUGCAAAGUGACAGCAGAACCGUAAUCGCUUCGACUCUACAAAGCGCCUCGGAGACGUCGGGCUUUUCAGAGGAAAACGUUUCUCUGGUGAGGACGUUUGAGAGAAAGCUUCAUGACUUCUCCGGUUACUGCACAGUGUAAAUAAAUAAAUAAAUAAAUAGAAUGGAGUAAAUAGAAGGAUGUCGCCGUUUAGAGAAGCGUAAUGCAUAUAAAUAUAAAAAAAUGGUGUGUUAAUCAUAUGCAAAAACAGAGUGUGUUAUUCUUUCCUCAAAAUCCAUCACCAGAGAAACGUUCGCCUCUUUUUUUCUUUGAGGUCUAUAAAAUGUUUAUCGUUUGAUUAAUGUAAUUUGCUAACUGUAAUGUCAUGUUUGCAUCAUUGCCAUAAAAUCUGCACGUUGUUUCUGC